AUGGAACAAAUAUGUUUAAUCAUUUUGCUUAUAAGUAAGGUACUGUCAGUAGGAUCACAAUUCAAUGGAUACAACUGUGACCCUAACUUCCACAGUCGCUUCCCUGCGGAAAGGGACAUUAGUGUGUACUGUGGAGUACAGACCAUCACCCUCAAGAUCAACUUUUGCCCCGUUCUCUUCUCUGGCUAUAUUGACACUGAUUUGGCCCUCAAUGGUCGCCAUGGAGAUGCCCACUGCCGUGGUUUUAUCAACAACAACACCUUCCCCACUGUGGUCCUUUUCAGCAUCAGCUUAGCCACGUUGGAGACCUGUGGGAAUGCCCUUGUGGUUUCCACGGCUCAAGGACCUAAUGCUUAUGGGAACCUGUCACUGGUCCAGAUUGGCAAUAUAUCAGGGUACAUCGAUACGCCAGACCCUCCGACCAUCAUUAGCUACCUGCCAGGACUGCUAUACAAGUUCAGUUGCAGCUACCCUCUGGAGUACCUGGUCAACAACACUCAGCUGGCUUCGUCAGCAGCUGCAAUCUCAGUGAAAGACAGCAAUGGUACAUUUGUCAGCACACUGAGCCUACUGCUGUACAAUGACUCAACGUACAUUCAACAACUGUCCAUCCCCAUGGCAGGACUAACACUGAAGACACGUGUGUUUGCAGCUGUGAAAGCCACCAACCUGGACAGGAGAUGGAAUGUUCUUAUGGACUACUGUUACACCACUCCCUCUGGAAAUCCAAAUGACGACCUUCGUUAUGACCUUUUCUUUAGUUGUGAAAAAGACCCCCAAACCACUGUUUUUGAGAACGGAAAGAGUCAAAUGGGCAGGUUCGCCUUUGAAGUAUUCCGCUUCGUCAAGCACAAGAACCAGAAAAUGUCCACUGUCUUCUUGCACUGUGUCACAAAGCUGUGUCGAGCUGACGACUGCCCUAUGCUCAUGCCGAUCUGUGGAAGCAGAAAGAAGAGAGAUGUCUCUGAGAUCACCGAAUCAACCUCUGCUUCUGGAAACGCUGUCAUUACUGCUGGACCUAUCAUCACCCGGAGUGAUGAAACUCCAACCAACAAUUCACAACUUGGUAAGCCACUGAGCCCGGUCUUUCGGAUGAACACAGUGACCAGCGCACUCAUUUCAGGCAUCAUCAUCCUAGGAGUAAUGAGCCUCUGCUUCUUCAUCUUCUCCCUCACCCUCCUCAAAGGCAAGAGAGCCCCGUCCACCGUCAUGUCUGGUGUCCGGAACCCUGCCUUCAACUGACAACUUGAUCUAUGCUGUCGUCCUAGCAACUACUCCAAAUUCAUGU